AUGUCGAGAUUUCCCCCAAGCACAAGGUGGUCCUCAUUCGAGGGUUGGGACUACAACGGCAUGAAGCAAAGACUCGAGGGAUUGCUUGCCAAACUGGACAAAAGCGUGCUCCUACGCCAUGCCGAGCUCAUCAAAGGCCGGAAAAUCAGCAUGAGCGAGCCGUUUUCGGCAGGGCAGUAUUGGAUCUGUUUUGAGAUGGUCGCUGAGGACGACAGUCUUAUCAUCGCACGCGUUCGAUUGCCUCGCCACCCUGACACUCUACCAACAGUGAACGAAAAGAACGAACAGUACUCAAUCGCAUGUAAGGUUUCUACAAUGUACUUUGUAAGGCAGACACUCUCGACUGUAAUCGUGCCUUGCAUAUAUGCCUACGAAGGUCCCGGAUCCCAGCUCGCUACCGAUGCUGGUGCAAUCUACAUACUUAUAGAAGGCUUUUAUAGGAACACGCUGCAGGAUGUUGCGCCAGACCUUUGCAGUUUGUCGUUUGCAAAGCAGGAGCAUAUCAUGGCUUAG